AUGGAAGGUGUCUUGUGUAUUGUAGGGAAAGCGUGGCUUUCGUUUUCUGUGUAUACAAAUAUUGAAAAAAUUCUUGGAACUAAGCAAGGGGCUGGAACAUUGACUGCUAUCAAUGGUAUACGGUUUAUCAGUAUGUCUUGGGUCAUCCUUGGACAUACCUUUGCCUUUGGAUUAGGUCAAAUGGACAAUGCGGCUCAGGUAUACACGACUUUCAUUAAAAGGAAAUCAUUUAUGGCCAUUAUCAACGCCGAAGUAUCGGUUGAUUCUUUCUUUGCCCUAAGUGGUACAUUACUGGCCUAUUUGAUACUCCAACAAUUACAGAAACAGAAAAGCGUCUUGAAGCUUAAUUGGUUUAUGUUCUACUUUCAUCGGUUUUGGAGGUUGACUCCACCAUAUAUGCUUGUUUUGAUGGUAUUUACUGGACUUUAUCCAUAUCUAGGAAGUGGUCCGUUUUGGAGUGACAGUAGAAAAUCACCAGAUAAUUGUCACACAAACUGGUGGUAUAACCUUUUGUACAUCAACAACUUCAACAAAGAAUCAAAUGAGUGUUUUGGUUGGGCUUGGUAUUUAGCAAAUGACAUGCAGUUUUUUGUAAUCAGUCCAAUUAUCUUAAUUCCUAUGUAUUAUUCUAAAAUCGCAGGAACAGUUGUGACGGGUGUGAUGUGGUUAGGAUGUGCCAUAGCAACAGGACUUGUGUCCAGACAUUAUGAUCUUCAAACCAGUCAAAAAGGACCUCACAGUGCUGAUUAUUUCAACCAGUAUUAUCAACGACCCUACACUCGCAUUGGACCAUAUUUAGUGGGUAUGUUCUGUGGUUUCCUGCUGUACCAAACUAAGUGUAAAUGUAAGAUAAAUAAGUACCUUAACUUGGUACUAUGGGCUGUUUUUACCGCAAUUGCCAGUGCAGCACUAUAUGGUGUCUACAGGGACUAUAAUGGUCAUCCGUUUUCAACUGAUCUUGCAGCUACUUUCAACACUUUACACAGGACUGCAUGGAGUCUCGGUGUUUGUUGGGUUAUAUUUGCAUGCGCAACAGGAAAUGGAGGUAUAAUUAACACCAUUUUGUCAUGGAAAGCGUUUGUACCUUUGGGGAAAUUAACCUACUGUGCCUACUUGGUCCAUCCUAUUAUAAUUUUCUAUUAUUUUGGUUCGAGGAGGAAGCUUAUUCAUGUCGACACUCAUGAAAUUAUAUAUGAAUACCUUGGAAAUCUUGUAUUAGCAUAUGCCUGUGCUUUCGUUGCGUCUCUAGCGUUUGAAGCUCCUAUGAUGGGAUUGGAAAAGGUUAUAUUCAGACGUGGUGAAAAAAAGUGAGACAUCUGUGACGUUUAUAUAUUUCAAUACAGCUGUAUAUUGAUUGUAAAAAUAAAAAUGGAUUUUAAUUUACAUAUUGGAAAACACUUUUGGUAUUGUUUCCGUAUGGUUUUGCAAUAGGGACAGUUUUCCUUGUACUUGUUUCCCUGACUGGGUUGAAAAUAUUUUAAAAGUGGUCCUAAUGUGAAAUGAAUUCAGGAGAAUUCCAUAUCUUUUCAAUAUCGAAGAAAUUAUACAUUUUAUGUUGUUUCUACGCUACUCAUCGUGAUACUGUAUUGCUAAAUUUGUAUUUGA